UCAAAGCAUGUGGCCAUGGAUAAGUCCACGACAGAGCAGAUUGUUGAUAUUGUUGUUGGAAAAGAUGAGAAAGGCAGAAAGAUUCCAGAGUAUCUGAUCCAUUUUAACGGUUGGAACAGAAGCUGGGAUAGAUGGGCAGCUGAAGAUCAUGUUCUUCGUGAUACAGACGAAAACCGCAGAUUACAGCGUAAAUUGGCACGGAAGGCUGUGGCUCGCAUGAGAAGAAAGGGAAGAAAGAAGAGACCUUGA